GAGAUACAUUUACAGGCUAGGAGAUCUGGACGGAAAAACAAAAGUUUCAGGAAAUUUGGAGGAAAAGGAGAAGAAGCUUUGAUGCAUGGAUUUCUUGUACUAAAGGACUUCUAUGACAAUUCUUCAAAAAUCUCUGAUCUUGAACAUUUCCUGGGCUACUGUGUUUGUUCGGAGACUUUCUGAGAUCCUUUUCCUCUGAGCUGUCACAGCAGCUUCUGUUCAAGUUUCCAGCAGCAACUCUGGGAACCAAAUAACAGCAAAAACUGUCCCAUCUGUGAAGAAGGAUCUUCCAAGGAUGAACCAGCUACACAUUUUGCUUUGAGAGAACUGGAUGAUUAUUUUUCUGGACAUCAAUUCAGGCUUAUUUGAGACAGAAACAUGAGCAAAGAAGUUGAUAGUGGUCUGCAGUAAACAAUGAAGACACUAAAUCAUUCUGUGAAUACGAUUAGAGAGUAGUGUGUCCUGCCUGUGAGUUUUCUCUCCAGCGUCAUAAAGUGCUUUCUCUAUUGCAGGCAGCCAGUCAGCUGAAGGAGCAGCUGUGUCUACAGGACAAGACGAAGCUGUACCAAACUUUAAGAGAGGCAAAAUCUUAAAUUAAUAUUACAGACAGGAAAACAAAAGUGAUUUUUAUCUGUUAAACUGAGAAGAAACAACAGUACAGUGUGUCAAACCAAACAACAAACCCAGAUUUCUGUUUCUGAAAGACCUCUUUGAAAAAUGGCAGAAAACACACCAGACAUUAAACCUUUCCUGGGCUGUUAUAUUUGUUCAGAGACUUUCAGAGAUCCUGUGACUUUGAGCUGCUACCACAGCUUCUGUUACAGCUGCCUGAAGACAUUCUGGGAACAGGCUGGAAACAAGAAGUGUCCCAUCUGUAAGAGAAGAUCUUCCAAAGAAUUUGAACAUGUAAAUUUUGCAUCAAAGGACGUGGGUGACCAUUUUCCUGGAAGACAGAAAUCCGGAUCAUCUGAGACAGAAAAAGGAGAGGGGCAGCUAAUGGCGGUCUGCAGUAAACACCAAGAACACCCUAAAUCAUUCUGUAAAGACGAUCAGAGAGCAGUUUGUCCUGUCUGUGAGUUUUCUCUCCACCAGAGCCACAAAGUGGUUCCUCUGGAACAAGCAAUCAGUGAGCUGAAGGAGAAGCUGAAAUCUGACUUAAAGCCUCUGCAGGAAAAGAAAGAAAAAUACAAAGAAGUGGAGCAAACAUACGAUGAUAUGCUUCAACACUCCAAGGAGCAGCUGGUUUCCACAGAGAGACAGAUCAGAGCAGAGUUCAAAAAGCUCCACCAGUUCCUGAAAGAGGAAGAGGAGUCCAGACUGGCAGCUCUGAGGGAGGAAGAGGAGCAGAAGGGGAAGACUAUCAGCAGAGAGAUGAAGAGGAUUCAGGAGCAGAUCUCCUCUCUGUCAGACAGUAUCUCUGCUGUUGAAGAAGACCUGCAGAAAGACCAGGUGUUUUUCCUCAGCAGUUAUAAAGCCACUCAGAGCAGAGCCAGAGCCCAGAGCUCACUGUCAGAUCCACAGCUGCUCUCAGGAGCUCUGAUAGAUGUGGCCAAACAUCUGGGCAAUCUGUCCUUCAGAGUCUGGGAGAAGAUGAAGGAGAAGGUCCAGUUCUAUCCUGUCAUUCUGGACCCAAACACUGCAUACCCUGGGCUUCAUUUGUCCGUGGAUCUUACCACUGUGAGACGUGGAGAAACAAAGCAGCAGCUUCCUGAUAAUCCAGAGAGAAACACCAACACUGGAACCGUGUUUGGUUCUGAGGGCUUUAGCUCAGGGAGGCACAGCUGGGAGGUGGAGGUGGGAGACCAUCCUGACUGGACUCUGGGUGUAGUUAAAGAGUCAGCUGAGAGGAAGGGUGCAAGAUGUGCUUCACCAAAACAUGGGAUCUGGAGUUUAUGGCACGGUCAUGGAAUAUAUACGGAUACUUUAGGAACGGUUAUCUCAGUGAAGAAGAGUGUUCACAGGAUCAAAGUCCAGCUGGACUAUGACAGAGGGGAGGUGUCCUUCUAUGACUCUGAAGACAUGACUCACAUCUACACUCACAGAGACACUUUCACUGAGAAGCUCUUCCCAUAUUUUGGUAUUAGACGAUCUGGUAGUGCUAAAACAUCUGAUGUCAAAAUAUUUUAUAGAAACAUUGCUCUUUAAGGUUUGGGGACUUUCAUUGCCAUGUGUGAGAUCAGUUCUACUUCACCUAAUAUUGCCUCUACAGUAAUUUUUGCAGUUUUGCAUGUUUUAUAAUUCAUUCUUGGCUAACAAAGGGAUAUAUUGUGUUUCUUCUAUUCAAAUUAAAAGAAACAAUAAUGGAAUUAAUGAAUAAUAUACUUGGCAUAUUUUGUGUCUGUUUAAAUCUAUGUUGGUCCAUUAAUGCCUAAUUAGGAAAUACGGCUACAUCAAGCAGGGCAUAUGUAAUCAAGCUUAAUAGAUGUCUGAAGUUUUUUUUUUUCAAAAGGCCAUGAGGUCUAUCACAAAUUCAUGAAUUCAAUUCAACAACAACAGAUCUGCAAAUGCCUGAAAAAUAAACAUUUCUUUACAACUUCUCUUACCUGAAAAAUUUCUAAUUUAAGGAGUAAAUUGUAAUUUUCUACUAUUAACCUGAAAAUAAGGAAUGUAAGCCAAUAUAGUAACAUCUUUUUUGUCUUAGCAUUUAGCAUCUCUGUGGUGCAGUGGUUUAAGUCUUUGUUGUAUAUUUGGGAUUGAAUACCGAGUAUUUAAUGAAUGUUA